AUGUCGUUGGGGCAGCCGGCAUGGUCGCACUCGACCGUCGCUUCCGCGGCUUUAUCGCGGUGGAGGACGGCCAAGGAUCUCGUGUGUAUCGCGCUCUUUUGUGCAUGGACGGCCUUCGACAUGUCGGCGUACAGCGGCAACGCGACGCCUCUACACGCUUGUGGACCCCACCAACCUCGCCGACAUGGCCUCGUGCUACGUCUAGUCAGCGUCAGCAUCGAGGCCUUUGCCGGGCUCCUUGGACAGUGGAAGCCCAUGGACGACACCGUCACAGAGCGUGUCGUGCGCUCGUUCGUGCACUUGAAAGGCAUCCUUUCACCCCCAGACGCACCGUCGACGAUGCUUCGUGUGGGCGGUGACAACGCGACCACCUUAUUGCCGUCGUUGGUGGCGUUUCUCUCGAAGAUCGCGACCCCCACCCCGUCACAGUCCUCGGCGGCGGACACGCCGCCGCAAUCCUUCCACCCUCUACAAGCGGCGGCCCACACACGGACGUCCUGUCCGAGCUGA